AUGCCACAGCAGAUGUUUCUUCUGUCAGUGGUGUCCAUGUGGCUUUUGGCUGGGUACUUCCUAGCUGAAGCAACAUACUAUAGCCACCCCUUGUACAACCGGCAUUUGUACAAUUACCGCCACCGCAUAUAUAACCAUCAGGCCAGCAUGGACAAUCAACUGCCUCCAGAUGAACCAACAGAGGUAGAAGUGCCACCGCCUCGCACCUUCCAUGGAAUCAUGUUUGAUGCUGGCAGCACCGGCACCCGCAUCCACAUCUACAAGUUCAUUCAGAAAGACCCAGCUGGGCUGCCGGUGCUUGACAGUGAAAUGUACAAUGCAGUGAAACCUGGACUGUCAGCAUAUGGAGAAAAUAUUGAAGAGGGAGCAGAGACCAUCAGACAGCUGCUGAAAGUGGCUAAAAAGACAAUUCCCAAGGAGGAAUGGUGGCAAACUCCUGUCUUACUGAAAGCCACUGCUGGUCUGCGGAUGAUGCAGAAGGAAAAAGCCCAAGCUCUGUUGGACGAGGUGAAACACGUGUUUGAUGAAUCUCCUUUCUAUGUGCCAGGCAACAGUGUUAGCCUUAUGAAUGGUACAAAUGAAGGUGUGCUGGCGUGGGUUACAGUGAAUUUCCUGACAGGUCACUUGUACGCCAAUACCAGAAAAACUGUAGGUAUCUUGGAUCUGGGUGGAGGUUCAACCCAGAUCACAUUCCUCCCAAGAUCAAAGAAAACUGUGGAGAAUGCACCUCAUGAAUACAUUGCACGCCUCAACAUGUUCAACACAACUUAUGAGCUUUACACCCACAGUUACCUUGGAAAUGGACUUUUUGCAUCCCGACUUGCAACUCUUGGUGCACUUGGAGCAGAUGGUCUUGAUUACAAGGUUUUCACAAGUUCUUGCUUACCGAAAAAGUACAGGGAGGACUUGACCUUUGGUGGCAUCACCUACAAAGUCAGCGGAAUGGCAGAUGGGUAUGCAGGAUAUAAACUGUGCUACCAUGAGGUGCUGCGUGUGGUAAAAGGGAUCAUACACCAGCCCUAUGAAGUCAAAGGAAACAGCGUCUUCUAUGCCUUCUCUUAUUACUAUGACAGAGCUGUGGACUCUGGCCUUAUUGAUGGCUCCAGAGGCGGUGUUGUGGAGGUCAGAGAUUUCAAGAAGAGAGCCAAGGAAGUUUGCAACAAGAUGACUAAAUACCGCCCUAUCAGCCCUUUCCUGUGCAUGGAUAUGACCUACAUCACUGUUCUUCUGAAAGAGGGAUUUGGCUUCAAGGACAACACUGUUUUGCAGCUUACUAAAAAGGUGAACAAUGUUGAAACAAGCUGGGCCUUGGGGGCCACUUUCGAUUACUUUAACAACCUGAACAUUCACUAAAGCCUGCAGACUUUUUGGUGCCACUGGGUGGGUAAACACAGGGUCAGAGUGAGGAACCUCGCCUACGCCUCACACUCUUUACGGAGUUUCAAGCAGCCCUGCACUGCAGCUAUUCCCUCUCCUCCCUCCCUAGCAUUCAAACACCCGGAGUCAUUUCCGCAACCAAAUGACCUGAAUUACACUAAAAAUGUCCAGGCCAACCUCAUAUUCCUACUGUAUGCCUAACCCAGGAUUAGUUUAUUUCUGUAACUUGGGCGUUUCCUUUUUUUCUUUUUCUUUCCAGCUUUCGUCUCACCUGAGGCGUCUGCCUGUCUUUUUUGGCAGUCUUUUGGGUUUGUGAUGGGAAGUAAGAUUUAAUAUAACCAUUCACAGCUUUUUAAGAACCUCGCCUUGUGCUGUGUGCAGAACUUUUAUUUUUUGAAGUGGGGAAAAAUACAAUUUCAUUAUGGAAAUGAUUUAGAAUCCCCAGUAUGAAUAAUCAUCAGUAUAGUAAAUAUCUUUUGGUAACUGGCACUUGUGUAUUUACACAUUACUAAAAAAUAAAUGGGAUCAUACUGAAUUUUAAAACUACUAAAGCCUUUCAUAACACAAUUUAGUUGUAGCAGUUUGUUUUCUCUUGUCUAUGGUGGAAGUCAGGCCGAGAUGGAUGCAGGAGUAAAGUUGGCCAAGCGCAUGGAUGCUGAUGAUGUAUGAAUUUAUGUACGUGUGUAUUUAUGUAUGUCUGUAUGCUGAGAAGCUUUUACCUUUAAUAGGGAACUGGAACAUCUUGUGCUACAAGAGAUAUCUUGGAAAUGUAAGUACAAAGUUGAGAUAGCCAAAUUGUCAAAGCAUUACUAAUUUGUCUUCUCAUAUGAACUCAGGUGUUUUUUUUUUAACCUAAAUUACCCAGUCAUUAAGUGAUGUUAGAACACUGUCUGCAUUAGCCACAUUACAGGAACCCUUGCAAAUAACAUGAACACCUCUGUGGGAACAUGUAACAGAAAAAAAAAGUAUUUUGGCUCAAUGCACUUAAUAUGCAAACUAUCAUUUGUGAAUUAUUGUAUAAAUAUUUAUUACAUAUAGAUGUUACCUAGACGCACAACAGUGCAUAUUCAACUUUAUUGUUGUCAUAUUUGUAUAUUUUAUCUAGAACCAUUCAUACUUUUUACAUGCCUAUAUUUAUAUGCACAUUACCCAUGACUGUAUAUAACCAUCAAUAAAAUUAUUAGUAAUCAUGUAUUUUCUGACAAAAAUAACUGAUGUGAUUGUGUACAGGUUCUUUGAAAAAUGU